AUUAGCAUGAAUGAUAGCUUGAGAGAAGCAGCUGCAACAGGAAAUAUUGAUGCCUUUUAUGCUUUAAUUCAAAAGGAUCCCUACAUGUUGGAGCGCAUUGACCACAUUCCUUUCAUUCAUACUCCACUUCACAUAGCUGCAACUGAAGGCCAAAUUAAGUUGGCAAUGGAGAUGAUGAACUUGAAGCCUUCGUUUGCUAGGAAGCUAAGCCAAGAUGGGUUUAGCCCCAUGCACUUGGCCUUCAGAAACGGCCACACCAAGCUACUGCUUCGACUCUUGAAGACCGAUAAAGAUCUGGUUCGCGUCAAAGGAAGGGAAGGAAUGACUCCUUUCCAUUGUGCAGCCACAAUGGGGAACUCUAAUCUUUUAUUCCACUUCCUCGAAGCUUGUCCUGAAUGCAUUGAAGAUGUGACAGUUCGAGACGAGACUGCGUUACAUCUUGCUUUGAAAAACGAUCACAUCGAAGCUUUUAAUCUCUUAACCGGAUGGCUUCAAAGUAAUCGUCGUAGAGGAGCCAAUGAAUUGGAAAAGAAGGUUAUCAAUUGGAGAGAUGAUGAUGGCAACACUGUGUUACACAUUGCAGCUAUAAAGGAACAACACCAGGCACUAAAAAUGUUAUUAUACGUCGGGAAAUACUUAGACGUAACAGCUAAGAACUCAGAUGGUUUAACAAGUCGAGAAAUCAUAGAAAAGGUCGAAAGAAAAGGUUUGAACAUGAGUGACGCCACCGCCACCAAGAUUAAACACAUUAAGAAAGGAACCCAUUGGCAUAAAAGAAGAUUAACAAUGUUGGUUCGUGCAAGAAACGGGUUAUCGGGGGACAUGAUCAACGCAACGUUGGUGGUUGCGACGCUAGUUAUAACAGCAGUUUACCAAUCAUCUUUAAGCCCACCGAGAGGUGUUUGGCAAGGUGAUAAUAACAGUAUCCCCACCACCAACUCAAAUACUCUUCAAAUCUUAGACGACAAUUACAAUAAAUCCAGAUUCAAACACCUGUUGGGUGAAGAAACAAGGAAAAGCGGUACAACAGUGAUGAAUCCCGACAUGUAUUAUGGGUUUUGGGUUUAUAAUCUUAUAGCAUAUAGCUUGCCGGUUCUUCUAACAGUUUUUCUCCUCUCCAAUGUUCCUCGUUUACUCCUUAUCCCGCUUUAUUAUCUAAGUGUCUCCUACUUUUACUCGAUGACAAUAAUAUCACCCUCGUCGUUUUGGGUAGACGUUAAUUAUAUUCUUGCCAAUGUAAUCUCUGCUAUCCCCUUUGCCCUACUUUUCGGAGUCAUCCGCUUAUGGAUGUCACCAAACUACAAGGAAUUCAGACAAUUACAUAGACUUCUCCGUGCGCCUGGACCCCACCAAUCAACCAUCCACAAUCCACUUCUUCUUAUAUAA